AUGCGACGUAAAUUGACCACUCUCAGCUCAGGGCGGAACUGGCAAAUCAGGUCAAUGUUCGGCGGGGGGACGAGUCGGACGUACGGCGUUAAGUUUCAGGCGAGAUGCAUCGCGGCGCAGGCCGGCGAGAAGCACCACACGCGGUUCCUGGUCGGCACGUUGAGCCUGCGCGAGGAGAAUGAGGUGCAUCUGAUUCAGCUGGCAGACGAUGGCUCAGAGGUGACCUGCGAGGGGCUGUACCUGCAUCAGCACGAGAUCUGGGAUCUUGCCACGUGUCCCUUUGACUCAGCGCUGCUCUCCACUGUGUACGCCUCCGCCGGCGAAUACCACGCCGCCAUCUGGCGGAUACCCGACAAGGCGUUUUCGUACAGCACUGGCGCUCCCUCCUUGCAACUCGCUGCAGAACUCAAGGGACUCGAAGCCCCCUGUAUACCCUACUUUAUUGUGGUGUGCAUUGUCACGCUUAUGCACCCUUUCUGUUCUUGGAGAGUGCUGUGGCACGGGGGGGAUGUGGCGCUGCACAGAGUCAUCACAAUCGACGAGGAAAUCAUCUGUGCGUGGGACCUCGUGUGUGAUGCUGAUGCACCCGCUCUUCCAUCUCUCUUCCCCUUCUCUUCCCUAUCUGUGCCCGACAGAGUGCUGUGGUACGCGGGGGACGUGGCGCUGCACAGGGUGAUCACCAUAGACGAGGAGAUAAUCUGUGCAUGGGACCUCAGAAGUUGUGACCAUGCUGUAUUGUACACUUCCUUUCUGUUCCUAUCUGUGCCCGACAGGGUGCUAUGGUAUGCAGGUGAUGUGGCGUUGCACAGAGUGAUCACCAUUGAUGAGGAGAUUAUCUGUGCAUGGGACCUCGCUUCCAGCACUCGAGCAGCGCAGUUCGCCACGGCCAAGCAGCGAGUGACAGGCAGCGGGCUGCAGAGGCUGCACACAGGGGCGUGGGACCCACAUAAUGCGGACACCAUCGCCACCACGGCUGACACCUCCAUUGCCUGCUGGGACCUCAGAGCUGCCAUCAAAACAGCGAGCAUAGAGGGAGCGCAUCACCUGCAGAUAAGGGACAUAGACUUCAACCCCAACCACCCGCACAUCCUCGCAUCAGCGGGGGACGACUCGCGCAUUCGUCUGUGGGACCUGCGCUCCACCAAGCAAGCUAUUGUGGAGCUUCCAGGGCACUCGCACUGGACGUGCUGCGUCCGCUACAACCGAUUCUACGAUGAGCUUCUGCUGAGCAGCGGCACCGACUCAGCAGUCAACUUAUGGCACGUGCCGUCUGCUUCGGCAGCAGCCGUGGCUGACCACCUGCGUGCCGGACCUAACCCAGCAGGCUCGGGAAGAGCAGCGGCAGCAGCAGGGGGGUAUCCCAGGGGGGGAGUGGAUGAGCUGGCAGUCAGCUUCACAGACUAUGAAGACAGCGUCUACGGCGUCACUUGGAGCGCUAUUGACCCAUGGGUGUUCGCCUCCCUUUCCUAUGAUGGCCGCGUGGUUGUUGACCUUGUUCCAACCGUUGUUCGCAGCAAAUGCCGCCACUAA